CCUCGUCGCUUCCUUUCCUUCCGUCUCAUCCGUUCACGGAGCUCGUCGGUGGAGGCCGUGGCGGCGCAGGAGCAGGACUAUGCUCCAGCCCCGCCUCCACCGCUUUCCCCAGCUACUCCUAGUCCUGCCGCCGCCGCGGCCCGCCGCCGUGUGCCUCCAGUCGGCUACCGCCUCCUCGCGGGUCCUCAGGAGCCCGCUCGCCGUCUCCUCCGUCCCCAGGGCCCGCGCUCCAGGCCCUCCUUGGUUAGCGGCGGCGGCGGCGCGCGAGGAGCGGUGGGGACUCGCGGCGGGUGAUGAAGACGGUGGCGAGGCGGACCUCGGGGAGGCGCUCGCCAGGACGCGGGAGCUCGUGGAGUGCGCCAUGUUCGCGGCCGUCGCGGGGCUCGCCUACUUCCUCAGCAAUUCCCUCGCCAUUGAGAAUUAUUUCAGUUGCUUUUUCCCAUUGCCGAUCGUCAUUUCCUCAUUAAGAUGGGGACUGAAAGCUGGCAGGAAAACUGUGGUGGCUACUGUCUUACUGCUAUUCACAUUAUCUGGCCCUGUAAAAGCAUCAACUUAUCUGCUUAUGCAUGGAGUAGUUGGUCUCAUCAUGGGUACUGUUUGGAGAUUGGAGACCAAUUGGAUUGUUUCCAUCCUCCUCUGCUCCAUUGUCCGUGCCCUGGGAGCUUGUGGUUAUGUGCUAGUGUCAUCGUUUCUGAUAAGAGAAAAUAUUCUUGCACUGAUAACGGUUAAUAUUCAUGCUUCCUUGACAUAUAUCCUGACGGCAGCUGGUGUGAACACAAUUCCGUCCAUGGAUGCAAUAUAUGUACUCUUUGGGACACUGCUUCUAUUUAAUUGUGCGUUCUUCGUCUUCCUCCUGCAUAUAAUGUAUACAGUAUUCCUGACGAAGCUUGGAAUAAAGCCGUCACUGAGACCACCGAGAUGGCUGGACAAAGUGAUAUGAAUUUAGGAGUAGGACAUUAUUGUAGUGACUGUUUUUACUAAUUUGUGGAUGGAAGCUUGCAUUCCCACUGAACCGACAGAACCUGGAAAAUGAGCUCUGUUGUUUAACCUUUCUGGGUACAUGAUUCUUGUCGCCCCAACAUAUACUGGAUCUGUAACCAUAGAUUGCAUGCAUUGCUCUACCAAAUUCAGCUGUCAAGACCCGUGGGGCAAAUGCUACAGGAUCAGAAACUUCUCAGAGCAGUUAGGUUUAGAUGCGAAAACUUUUUGGAUUUCA